AUCUAUACUUUUGAGUAUAAAAUUUUUACAUCAGCUUUAUUAACAAAUUUUUUUUACAAAAACCCACCAAAGUUUAUUGAAUUUGGAAAUCAAUUAUUCAUGACUGAAUGGUACAAGAUUCCAUCUAAGGCAAGAAGAUAUUUUAUUCUCAUAAUUAAUAUGUCUCCAGCGGCCACAAAGAAUAAAAGUGCUGGGGGAAUAAUUGAUUUAUCCUAUAUUACCUAUAUUCAAAUCAUCAAAACUGGAUUUGCAUACUUACAAAUUCUAAGAGCUUCGAACACGCACCAAUAA